UCUGCUAAACGAAAAUAGCUAACGUUGGUCAUCUGCGAGCUACGUCGACCCGUAAACUGGAGGAGUGACAUCGUCAGCCAGCUAUAUGAUAACUGUUUAGUGGCAGCGAGAAGGACACUGUAUGGCAUGCGGUUUAAAAGGCGAACCUGCAGCACACACACAGCAGCUCGUCGGGCUAGCCACACAGCUAAGCUAAGGCUAAAGUCAAGCCGCAGCGCACCGGAAGUACGGGAGAAACACCGUUAGCUGUUAGCUUGUUGACUUGGCCAAUGUUUUUGUGUGUGAAACGAACCCACAGAACCGCGCUCUCGUUGCCGUCCUGCUGAAGAGUAUUCUUGGUUGAUGAAGGAUGACGAGCCAGCGGUCUGAACGACGUGGCAUCCAUCUGGACCAGUCGGAGCUACUGUGCAAGAAAGGAUGUGGUUUUUAUGGGAAUACAGCUUGGCAGGGCCUGUGCUCAAAGUGUUGGCGAGAGGAAAACCAGCAAGACAAACAGAUUCAGGAAGACUGGGCCCUUGCUGCAAGGUUGCAGAAAGAGGAGGAGGAAGCGGCGUAUGCAGGCAGACACCAGACACAGACCCAUGCUGCCAUUUCACCCCUCAGCAAGUUUGAGGAAAGAAAACCUAAGAAGUCCAGCAAAGUCACUUCAGUCACAAAGUUUUUCACUCCCUCCACAAAACCACCACCCAAAAAAGAUCCUGUCCCUUCAGAGCCUCAGUCCAGCCCCAGCUCAAGCUACACUGUGGGCCGUCAGUCCACCGUGGAUGCUGACCGCGCCACUCAAGAAUUCAUCGACUUCCUGAAAACCUUGAAACCUGGCAGGGAUAUAUUCAAACAAUGCCGGGCCUUCACCGAGAGCAUGGUCUACAAGAGGGACAUGCGUGCUGAUGAUCUAUCAGAAUGUGUCCAAGACUUCUACCAGAACCUGUCAGAGCGACUUCUAGCACAAUUUAAAGGUUCGACUGAUCGUGUAGAGAGUGUAAUGGAUGAAGUGGAGAAGUACAUGAUGACUCGUCUUUAUGAACAGGUCUUCUGUCCUGAGACCACAGAUGAUGAGAAAAAAGACCUUGCCAUCCAGAAGAGAAUAAGGGCCUUGCAUUGGGUUACCAUUGCGAUGCUGUGUGUUCCUGUUGAUGAGGACAUUCCUGAGGUGUCUGACAGUGUAGUCAAAGCCAUCACAGAUGUGAUCGAGAUGGACUCGAAGCGCGUGCCCAAGGACAAGUUGGCAUGCAUCACUCGUUGCAGCAAGCACAUCUUUAAUGCCAUCAAGGCCACCAAGAGAGAGGCAGCAUCUGCAGAUGACUUCCUUCCCACGCUCAUCUAUGUCAUGCUGAAGGCCAACCCGCCACGACUGCAGUCCAACAUCCAGUACAUCACCCGUUUCUGCAACCCCAGUAGGCUCAUGACUGGAGAGGAUGGUUACUACUUCACUAACCUGUGCUGUGCAGUGGCCUUCAUUGAGAAGCUGGAUGCCCAGUCACUGAACCUGAGCUCUGAGGAGUUUGAGCUCUACAUGUCUGGCCAGGCCUCCCCCCAGCGGCCCCAGGCCUCUGGGUCUUCUCCCUCUUCUUCCCCCUCCAGCAGUGCAGCCCUCAGUCAGGUCCACAAACGGCUGGACCUGCUCUCUGGGCUGGGGGUGAGGCAGGAGCGGGUCGUGGAGGAAGCACAGCAGCUGGAAAGUGACCUCAUUGACUGGACGGACGGGGUGGAGAACAAGAUGCAGGACAUUUUGGAGAGUUUUCCACUGGAAACGGAGGCCAUCACUUCCCCAGCAACUGGGACAACAGCGGGAUCAUCAUCGGCCAUUGACUCUGAGAAUCUAGAGAAUGACCUCCUGCCCCCACCUCUUCAGCCGCAGGUGUUUGCCGGGUGACGCCACUCACUCGGUGCUCAAUAGAGUGGAAGCUUACAAAGCUUUACCACCACUACAGGCCACCCCCACCCACCCUUCCUGUCCAGUUAUGAACCCCUCCUGUUGUUAUGCACACUGCAGCAUGCCCCUGAUAUGGAGCCCACCUGCACUCCACACUUCUCUGUUGGGCUAAAAAACAAUAUCGUCCUCAGUACUCGAAAAAUUAGGAUAAUUUUGGUUUCAUUUGUACUGAUGUUAUAAAUGGUGUGAUUCUGAACCUUUACUUUCAUCAUUCAGGACUUUUUUUUUCUCAGACGAGCUAGUCUCUCCAUAGGCAGUAUUCUAGUAUCAGUUUCUGGUAACUGAAAUUGGGGCAACAUGAAUGCUUGAAAAUUAUAAGGAAAUAAUCUUACAGCUAGUGAUUUGUAUUAUAGUGACUAUCCCUCGUACUGCAUAUUAAGAGAGAGAGCGAGUGUGUGUUUGUGUGCACGAUAGAAAGUGAGUGUGUGGGCAUGUGGUUUUGCUUGCACGAACAUAAACUGCUGCUAUGAAAAUAGCAGAGCUUCCAUGGGUCAUUUGUAAAUAUUGUGGUCAUGUUUUCCCAACGGCCCUUCCACUCCAGUCAUAAGCUGGAUUUCGAGAUGUGAUUUUUAUUUUUCUAAGGAGUGGCUCGUAUGAAUUCUUCUGGUUGCAAUAGGAGACAUUAUUCCUGUAAUAUUUACAGUCACGUCACAUUGUGCACAGAAUAGAGGUGUCUUGUGUAGAGACACGUUUCAUGAAUUCUAAUGACCAGAUACUAAUUCAUUCAAAAUGUAAUUUUUGUUAUUUGUAUUCUGUAUUUUUCCUGUCAGGAAUAUCUCAUAAGUCUGCCCUAUUGUAAUCUAUUUAUAGAUUGCUUGAUAUUUCUUUGCUCUGUCAGAGCUGUUACGUCAGUGGGUUAAAAGUCAAAGAUAAUCUUUGGUGUCAUUCCCUAUACCCCCCUUCUCUUUUCCUCUGAAUAUGGAUCCAUUCCUAAACAGUCCCUAUUUUAUCAGAGCAAAAGAAUUCCUUUUCCUUAGUGACGUAAAUCUGUGUAAAUGCAGCACUUCUUCCUUUUUACUCUGAUUCUAAACGAUGACUAACUCGGCAUGUUGUUAUGAACAAGUACGCGGUGAUGCCAUAAUGGAACAGUGAUGUUGUGAUGUUGUGAAGGAGGAGAGCCGUUGAUUUGCCCGGUGAUGACAUCGUGGUAGUCAUGGUUCCAGCUGUGUCCUCGUCACUGGUAGACCCGUUGAAGAGAGAACAUCCUCCGGCUUGGUCAGGUGUCCUACAGACACAAUUGGCCAUAUCUGCAGGUGGGAAGCCGGAUGUGGCUAUGUGUCCUGGUCGCUGCACUAGUGCCUCCUCUGGUCAGGGCGCCUGUUCAGAGGGAAGGGGGAACUGGGGGCAAUAGUGUGAUCCUCCCACGCUCUACAUCCUCCUGGUGAAACUCCUCACAGUCAGGUGAAAAGAAGCGACUGGUGACUCCACAUGUGUCAGAGGAGACAUGUGGUAGCCUGCAGCCCUCCCCGAGGGCAGGGAGAGGGGGUGGAGCAGCAGCCGGGAGGGCUCGGAAUAGUGGGGUGAUUGGCUGGAAACAAUUGGGGAGAAAAGGGAGGGGGGAUAAAAUCCAAAAAAAAAAAAAGAAUCUUGAUUUUUCUUUUUUUAAUUCAUGCUAACUAAGUUUUCAUCAUAUGCCGUAAUCUUUUUAGUUCACAUUUGUGACAGUGGAAUCAAUGCAGAAUAGCUGUCCAAUUUUUAGUUUGCCUUUCGGCAAACUAAAUUAAACUAAAUGCAAUUUUAAACUGUAGCUUGAAUUAAGGGGUGUUGCACUGUAUGGAGAAACCAUUUUUGAAGGAAAGAAAAUGUGAGGUUUUGUCAUCAUAUCACAAAGGAGUAGGUAACGCAAUACUGUCUUUUAUUUAAAUGUAACUUAUUGGGGCAGUGUUGUUUUAUUCACAUCCAUGAGCUUGUGUUAACGGAUGAUAAUUAAAAACUCAA